AUGGAGCGGGAAUGUGAGGUGUGGUCGGGAGAAAGAUCCUAUGAGUCCUUAUCAAGAAGAACUCCGUCCGUUCCCCAGGCUACAAUUUGCCGCAUCAAGCCUCGAAUCCCUCGUUUAGAAGAGAGAAAUAUCGACUCUGAGGAGAGGAGUCUGGAUUCAGACAUAGAAGGGGGAUUUAUGGAUGUCAAUGUUGCUAUACCUAAGGAGGACGCCGUGAAGGCAAAGCGUCUACUCCUUCCUAAGUGGGCGAAGAAACACUGGGGCUCCAAAAUCAUUCCAACUCUUCUUGACUUCUACGGCAUCCAAGACAACCCCUGGAAUCUUGACGGCGACAAUGGCGUGACGCUUUUCCAUACAGCCCUUCAGCAAACCAUCAACUUAGUUUGUCCUGGUAUCAAGUACACACCAAUGCUGGUCCGCGAUAAAGUUUAUCUCAUUGCACGCCAGGCUGUCUAUGAUUGGCAUCGCAGGUUUCAAACGAAGGCCAUCCAGGCAGUGAAGUCUACUGUCGCUUCUUUGGGCAAUAAGAACACUGUGAAGGCUUUUGUCCAGAAGGCUUUACAGCCCAAAUACAGGGCUGCAUACUGGGCUAUGCCAGAUCCCGAGCGCCCCGAGGGUGCAAUGCAAUCAAUAUGUAUUGUGAAGGUUCUAGCAAUGCACGUCAAAUCGACGCAGGGGUCUAUUUUCACACAGAAGUAUUACCCCGUCGGGUCGCUCUGCCUUGCCGUACUGGCCAUGACAUAUUCCACUGGUUCCUUCAAGCCUUUAAACACGAGCUUCUCAGAGGAACACUGUGGAACAAAGACACAGGACUUGCGGCAGGGACUCACGAUUUGGACCUUCCUUAAGAAACCACACUGA